CGUGCAUCGCCGUGGCCUGCUCUGCGUUUCUGAGUAAAAGAGGUUAACGUGCUAAUGUCAACCUGGCAGGUAGAUUGAACGUAUGUAACGUACGAGUGCGCGUCUGAGAGGUUAAUGAUCGCUCGCUCGCGUUCGUCAUGAAGGGAAUUCUGUGUCUACUCGUCAUCCUCGCGAAUUUGUGCGAGCGAUACGUAACGGCGGAGCACGAGGAGGACACGUCCACGGAUCUGUUUGUGAUCGAGGGGAAGGUGUUCCCCUGGGACAAUGCCGCUUCCACUGGGUGGCAGCUCAUGACGCAUGUGAUGGCAAACGGAGGUGAACACUACGGCUUCCUGAGGGAAGACGGCACGUUCAUAAUCUCGAACGUCCCGUCCGGGUCUUACAUGGUCGAAGUGGUGAACCCGAAUUACGUUUACGAGCCGGUCAGGGUGGAGAUUAAUUCCAAGGGGAAAUUCCGGGCUCGAAAGGUCAAUUUGAUACAGACGUCGCAAGUGAUCCAAGUACCGUACCCGUUGAAAAUGAGGCCUCUAGCACCAUUUCGAUAUUUCCAAGUUAGAGAGCAGUGGCGGUUAACGGACUUCCUGUUCAAUCCCAUGGUUCUAAUGAUGGUUCUGCCACUUAUAUUGAUCAUGAUUCUGCCAAAAAUUAUGAACGAUCCUGAAACUAGGAAGGAAAUGGAGCAAUUAAAUAAUCUCACUAUCUAUAAUAUGCCAGAAAUGUCUGAAGUAAUAACGUCUUUUCUUUCUGGAGGAGAAAAACAAAAAUCAAAGGCUGUAAAAGCUGCUAAGAAAAGACAAUAAUGUAUUAGUUUAGUUCACUAUAUCUGUAGAUGGUUAUUGUAUGUAUAUGUUUACUCUAGUCUGUUAAAAUAUAUAAUUAAGAUAUCGACGGGACGAGAAACGAUUCCGAUUUCCUUGCAGCGAGUGUCGCGUAAAGUAGCGAUUGUUAAAUAUGUUAAGCCUUUAAACUACGACUGUUUGAAAAAAUAUAUAUUCCUCUGCAGUUUCAUAAUUGUAAAGAUAAUUCGCAUUUUCUUACACGCAUAAUAGAGAGAAACGAUAAAAUCAGCAUCAGUUUUUAAAUCAACUUGUUACUCGUUUUAUGUAGUUACUUUGUAUACGUAUACUAAGCGUAAUUUCAUAAAACACUAGAGGAAACUUCGAAAAUAGAUAUAAGUAUAAAGAAAAAGAAACCUCUGACCUAAUAUGAUGUAAUGACACACGAUAGUAUGUACAAUAUAAUUGUACUUUGCGUAACAAAGACACUAUUUUGUUACACUUUCUUGUGUCGGUCACUCUCUGUGAUGUCUAGAUUAAUCCUGUCUUAUGUAAGAUGUUGUCCAGGCACAAGAUACAAUUUUCUAAAUCGUAAAAAGGCAUGUAUGUAUAAUAAAUAAACAAACAAUUAUAUAUAAA